GCCGCCGAUGGAAGGGAACACCCCUGAUGGCACAGGCCCCAUGCACGUGCCGUUUGGGCACAUUGUGGCCAGUGAGAAAUGGCGCGGGUCGCAGCUGGCACAGGGACUGCAAGGAAAAAUUAAACUCGUUUUUGAGGAUGGCCUGACACCGGUAGAUUUUUACUUGUCUAGCAGAUCCUGCAUUCUUUAUAUCACCGAAGCUGAUCUGGUGGCAGGAAAUGGCUACAGAAAGAGACUUGUUCGGGUUAGAAACUCCAGUAAACUUCAGGGGGUUGUAGUAGUUGAAAAAACGCAGAUGAGUGAACAGUACUUUCCAGCCGUACAGAAAUUUACUGUGCUGGAUCUGGGGAUGGUGUUGCUUCCAGUGGCCAGCCAGACGGAAGCGUCCUGUCUCAUUAUCCAGUUGGUUGAAGAGCAAACCAAAGAGCCCAGUAAGAACCCUUUUCUCAGGAAGAAACGGGCUCUGAUCUCUGAGCCAGCCCUCCUUCGAACUGUGCAACAGAUCCCAGGAGUCGGGAAAGUUAAAGCUCCUCUGCUGCUCCAGAGGUUUCCAAGUAUCCAGCAACUAAGUAAUGCUUCCAUCCAAGAACUGCAGCCAGUGGUUGGACAGUCAGUGGCCCAGCACAUUCAUGCGUUCUUCACCCAGUCCAGGUGAUGGCUCUUCCCACGGCAUCUCCUUUACAUCACGAACCACAGGAUCUUGUUUUCUUUCACAUUAAGAAACAAUAUUUCCU